GGUGCAGCCACAAUAGAAGAAAUAAGGAAUUAGAAAUAAGGAAUAAGGUUUUCGACCUAUCAGAUAUUGAAUACACUGAAAUACACGGUUUCUGAUAGGUUGAAAUUCGUAUUUCUUAUUCCUAAUUCCUUAUUCCUUCUAUUGUGGCCGCACCAUUAAAUUUCUUCACACACCAGCAACACUAGCGUGAAGUGAAGUCGCGAAGUAAUUAAUGAAACCAACAUGGUGAUAUUUCUAACCUAAAUGACGAUUUGCAUAAUUUUUUACUACUAUUCAACAGUUUGACAGUAUGUAAUAUUGAUAUUUUAUGUUCAAAAAGUAAGAUGAAGUAAAUGAAACAUUUAUAAUCCGUAAAAUGACAACGGCUUUCUGAAUAAUAAUAAGUAAUAAAGGACAUAUGUAACAUAAGAUUAUUCAUUUGAGGCUAUUGCAAAUUAAUUAUAAAAAUAAUAGCCUUUCUGUGGAAAGCAGCAAUUUAGUUAUUUUCUGCUUGAACGACUCAUUAACAAAUAUGUCUGGAAAAGGGAAGCAGAGUUCUAAGAAAGCUGUCAUUAAAAUACGUGAAUCUGGAAAAACUGCACAAUCUUCAACAAUGAAUUCUGAUGCAAGCUCGGAAGUACCCGAGCCAACAACUUCUCAAUUUCUUCUAAAGACAGUCGAUAAUAGUCGACAUCUGCCAAGAUAUACUAGUAUCUUAAAGCGUACAGCAGAAGAAGGUGUUGUAAUGGAUGAUCUUGAUACACUACAAUUAGAGCUUGAGACACUCUUGUCAGCAGUUGUUGUACGGCAUCGUACACUUCAAGAUGAGAUUGCCAGCUUGUUUUCUGCAGAAGAACGUAAAGACAGAAGAUCAAAGAGCAGUAAGAGUCUCUCUCUACUUGACAAGAAGAUACGUGAGGAGAAAUUUAAACCAAAGGAGAUUAACACUAAGAGUCAGUCACCUUUACAUACAAAACUCUUUAAGCAGAAGACAGUAGGAAGUUCAACCAGUCAGGUAAUACCAACUUUACAUGAAAUGUCAAGAAUCGAAGGAUCUAAGUCUGAUGUACCAAAAUUGCUCUUACCGAAAAAUGAUACACCCAACAAAUUUUGGGCAUCAGUGGAUUCCUAUUGCACUGAUAUCAUGCCUGAUGAUAUUAAAUUAUUGGAAGAAUUAAUUGCUACGCAUGGGGACAUAAAUGAAUUCAAGAAGAUUUCUCCCUUAGGCCGUCAUUAUAGCUUAAUGUGGGCACACAACGAUUUAUUGCAAGAAGAAGAUGCAGCCAACUCAAACAGAGAGAAGAAGAAGAAUCGCACAGAUAUGUCACACUUGAUAUCUAAAGGUGAUAAAAAAACUAAUAGUAUUGCAGGACCUCUUACUCAGAGAUUGGUUUCUGCACUUUUGGAAGAGAAUGUAUAUGUUGCAAAUAAUAACAUGGAGAACAAAUUAUUCCGAGAUGGAGAUCCACCCGUUUUGAGAGAUCUAACUAUCCAGAAUUCCAUGAAUCUGGAGUUACGAAUGCAUAAAGAAUUGGUCGAGCAAGGUAUAUUGGAACCCGAUGUGCAAAAAAAACAUCAAGAGGAUGACGAGAUUCUUGCAGAAAUUAAAAGAUGUCAACAAGAACUUGUUGUAUUAUCUAAUCAUAAUGUUACGGAACUGAAGAGAUUAUUAAAUCUGGCCCAGGAAGAGAGCAAGAGGCAAGCAUUGAAACGGAAAAUUAACGUUGCAGAUAAUGACGUGAUAGAACAUUAUAAGAAAUUGUCCAUGGCGAAACAGAGAAAAGUACCAUUGACGAGAAAGGAUCAUGAGAAAGCAUGGGCAUGUCUUCGAGAAAGGGAAAAUCUUUUAGAACAAUUAAAUAUUACUAAAUAGUUUAAAGAUAUGUUU